UAAGACGCCGGUGCCAGUGCAAGAUGCCUGCGACUAAAGUUUUGCAAUCUUUCGUCGUUAUUGUUCUCAUUGCGUUUGGGCCCAAAGGCUCCGAAGCUUGUGAUUCAUCGAUUUGCUGCUGCGUUACUAGCGGUACGGUCACGCAGGUAGCAAAUAAGCUCGAGGUAGUAGUCGACGUGUACGGUCGAUGUACCAAUGGAGUCGUGACGGUGAGCAAUCUAUGUACCGUCUACAGCAACACGGUGUGCGUUGACGACCUAAACAAUCCCGACUUUGCUAUCUACAAAAGCGGAACUACCGCGCACGUUGUCAGAGACUUCGACUACGACGACUGUGACGCACAGUUCGGGUGUCAGUCGGGAUCGUGCGCCACUGCUUCUGCUGGUUGGGAAGGAACGUACAGGGUAACGACCGACAUUCCCUCCUUGGCUCGAAACUGCGAUCCCGAACAGUGCUGUUGUGCCAAAUCGGUUUCUGCGUCUGGCAGCGGUUCAGAUCUCACGCUUUCAAUUACUCCGACUGCUAACUCUACAAGAUGUCCGUACGGAGACAGAAGUUUCGACGUCGAUUGCAACGUGUUGGGCAAUCUGUAUCUCGUCUGUCGGGAUAGCCUUACCGGCUUUCAAAUUCUGAUGAAGAAGAAGAGCUUGAACGAAGGGACAAAUUAUGUGUUUGUAAACAAUGACGCUUGCAACGCCGUGUUUGAGUGUGAAAGUGAAGACUGCAUGAACAGCGGAUUUGCAGGACAGUAUCAAUCCGUCAAGCAAGCUGACAACGGCGGAGGCUUUAAGACGGCGUCUAAAUUUGUCAUUGCAGUUGCUCUUACUGCCGUUUCUAUUAUCUGGGGUUCGUAUUAGCUACUCAGUAACGGUGGUCAGGAACAAAAAAAAUUAAAGUGCUAAUUGCAUCAUUGAUUGUUAGUUGAUUCAAUGUCUUUGUUGUCGAUUAAGGUUGGAACACGUACUGAUUAUUGCUGGCUAAUAUGCUGCAGUCCAGAUUGAUCCCUAUGUGUGUAUAGCUAUAGUAGCUAGUUUCGA